UGGGGUGGGCGUAAAGUGGGUGGGUGGGGGGGAAAAGAGGCAGCGAUCUCCGUGGCGGGGACUGAGCAUGGAAGAGCCGCCGGAGGGGCACGGCCACCGAGACGCGGCGCCCGGCCCGGCGAGCAGCGGCAGCGGCAGCGAUGGCGAGAGCGUGCCCGUGUCCCCCAGCCCCGCGCCCGCCUCCCCCGCCGCGCCCUGCCCCCUGCCCCUGCCCCGCCGCCGCCACCCGCCGCCACCGCCGCCGCCCCCGCCGCCGCCGCCCCACCGCACCACCAACUUUUUCAUCGACAACAUCCUGAGGCCGGACUUCGGCUGCAAGAAGGAGCCGCCCGCGCCGGCCGGCGGCGGAGGAGGAGGCAGCCGGGAGCGGGACGGAGAUCGGGGGCAGAGCUCAGGUAGAGAAAACGUCAACCCGCUGCUGGCCCGGCCGCCCAACCCGCCCGCCCUCCUCUGCCCGGACUCGAACUGCCGUCCCGACGGCUCCGCGCCGCCGCCGCCGCCCGCCGCCGCCGCCAAAGCCAGUCCCGCCGCGGCAGCAGCGGCGGCGGCGGCGUCGGGGGCGGCCAAGCCCCCCGCCGACGGGGGCGAGACUCACCCGGCGAAGUACGGGGAGCACGGCAGCCCCGCCAUCCUCCUCAUGGGCUCUAAUAAUGGAGGACCUGUUAUAAAGCCCGACUCGCAACAGCCGCUGGUGUGGCCUGCCUGGGUCUACUGCACUAGGUAUUCAGACAGACCGUCCUCGGGCCCCCGCACCAGGAAGCUGAAGAAGAAGAAGACGGAGAAGGAGGACAAGCGGCCGCGGACGGCGUUCACGGCCGAGCAGCUGCAGCGGCUGAAGGCGGAGUUCCAGGCGAACCGGUACAUCACGGAGCAGCGGCGGCAGAGCCUGGCCCAAGAGCUCAGCCUCAACGAGUCCCAGAUCAAGAUCUGGUUCCAGAACAAACGGGCCAAAAUCAAGAAGGCGACGGGCAUUAAGAACGGGCUGGCGCUGCACCUCAUGGCCCAGGGACUCUACAACCACUCCACUACCACGGUGCAGGACAAAGAGGAGAGCGAGUGAGGCGGGCGGCCCCAGCCCAGCCCUGCGCCGCGGCGCCGGCCCGCCGGCCGGGAGGCGGACAGGUGCGAUUUAAAAGCAGAUCUAUUGUCUAUCCAUAGUAUAAGGACUCCGAUUAAGAAAAAAAAAAUAAAAUAUGAACACUUAAGAAAAUUAUCUCUAUAUAGCCAAACAGCAUAUGACCUUGUAUAUAUUUAAUUUCAGGUAAGAAAUAUGUGUAGCGAUCUCUAUUUGCUGGACAGUUUCUCUCUUCCCUUCUCUCUGUUUCUCCUUUCUUUUGUUCGUUUGUUCGUUUUGUUUGCUUUCCUUUUUUUUUCUUUCCCCCCCAUGUCCGUUGCUCCUGUUUUACAGUAAAUGUCGGACUUUUCUCAUCUGUCGUUUGAUCUUGUUUUAUUUUUUUUUUGUGUGUGUGAAUUUCUGUCUCUCUCUCUUUUUUUUUUCCCGAGGAAAAAAAAAUUCUGAUCCACAGACUGCGAGACUGAACCCGCCGCUACAAGCCAAAGAUUUUAUUAUGUUCAGAAAUCUGUAGUCUGAAAUAAAGUGUAGACUGUG